ACACUAAUGCACAGUUUAUGGGAAAUAAACAAAAUGAUUGUACUCAGUACAGGAAGGUAAAUAUGACUUGAUAGAUGUAACUGAGACUUGGUGGGAUGAUUCCCAGUAUUGGAAUUUGAGAACUUAAGGAUAUUGUUUGUUCAGAAAUAUUAAAUGCAACUGAAAAGGAGGAGGAAUAACUCUAGGUAUUAAAAACAUGUACAUCUGCACACACAUCUAUGGUAGCCCAGUAGAGAGCAUCUGGAUACAAAUAAAUGGAGAAGGAAAUAAAAACAUUGUGUUGAAGUACACUGCAGAGACUGCCAUACCAAGGAGAGGAUGUAGAUGAUUCUUCCUAAAACAAAUUGCAGAUGUUUCAAGGAAGUAAUAAUACUGUACUGUAUAAUGCGGAACUUCUACUACCCUGAUAUUUAUCGGGAGACAAACUGCACUCACAAUUGAAUCAACAACAAAUUCCUGACAUGCCUGGCUGACAACUUCUUCUUUCAGAACAUGGAGGGAAGAACAAAGGGAUCAGCUAUCCUUGUUUUGAUCCUAGCCAGUAGGGAAGAAUGAGUCAAUGAGUUUGAAGUAGUAGGAACAUGGGGGUGAGAAGUGACCAUGUAAUGCUGGAAUUCUUAAUCUUAAGGAAAGCUGAAGGUGAGCAUAGUCAAACAUGUACCUUGGAUUUCAAUAAAGUUGAUCUACAUGAGCUCAGAGAAGUGCUAGUAGGAUUCCAUGGCUAGAUAAACUGAUAGGAAAUGGCGCCCAGGAUAAGUGGGUGUUCCUGAAGGAGUUACUAAAGGUACAGUCACAAACAAUUCCAGUAACAAAGAAAAAUGGGAGGCAUCUUAAAAAGUCAAUGUGGCUGUACAAAAAGUUUAAUGAUGAGGUAAAACUAGAAAAGAAAAGAAUGUGUAUAUGAAAAAGAAGGAGGGAACCAAGGAUGAAUACAAGUUACGAAGGACAAAUACAGACAAUCAGACAUCAUCUGGAGCACUGUGCACAGUUCUGAGCGAUGCACUUUAAAAAGGAUAUAGACAAGUUGGAAUGGAUUCAGAAGAGAGCAGCAAAGAUGGUCAGGAGUCUGAAGGCAGCCGUGUCAGCCAGGAGCUUCAGUACACAAAGGAGAAGCUAGGAGAAGAAUCUCUCUACACAUCCCAGAUGCUGAUACAAACUCCCAAACAGGAAGGAGAAAACAUCCUGACCCCAGAGGCUUUGGGGAUGCAUCUUGAAGCUGCUCUGGCUGCUAGCAAAGUGCAAGUCUUACUCUAUGGAAAGUCUUGGGAUCUCAACAAAAUAUGCUACAAAUCAGGUGUCCCCAUAAUUGAGAAUGGGAUGAUUGCACGGAUGAUUGAGAAGCUGUUCCCAUGUGUCAUUGUGACCCCACUGGAUUGCUUCUGGGAUGGUUCCAAGCUGCAAGGGGGUUCUGCUUACCUCCCGGGCCGACCGGACAUCCAGUGGACCAACUUAGAUCCAAUUCAGCUGAUGGAGGAGCUGGGUCAGUUCGCCUCACUGGAAGGAUUCAAGGAAAUGCUGGAUAAGGCAGAGGUUGGCCAGGCCUAUAUGGAGCGGCCUUGUCUUGACCCCUUUGACCCUGAGUGUCCUGCCAGUGCCCCCAACAGUCAGAGCCGGAAGGAACCAGACAUCCCCUCUGAGCUCACAGGUGGCUGCCAUGGCUUCUCCCGAAAAUACAUGCACUGGCAAGAAGAGCUGAUCCUGGGUGGCACAGUGAAAGAUUCCCAGGGUAAACUUCAGAGAGCUGAAGCCCUGCAAAGCAUGUUCCUGCUAAUGAGCCCACGGCAGCUCUUUGAACACUAUCGGGAUGACUAUGAGAUACAUGACAUCAACUGGAGUGAGGAGAAGGCAGCAGCUGUGCUGGAGGCCUGGCAGCGGGAGUUUGUGGAGUUGGCUCAGGAAUCCCUCUCUUCAAAUUCCACCCAGACCAUCCAUGCCUUCUCCACCACGACACUCAAUGACAUCAUGAAAUCCUUCUCAGAUGUGAGCGCCAUCCGUGUGGCAGGCGGGUACCUGCUGAUGUUGGCGUAUGCCUGUGUCACCAUGCUGCACUGGGACUGCUCUAAAUCGCAGGGUGCUGUGGGCCUGGCUGGGGUUCUCCUGGUUGCCCUUUCAGUGGCAGCAGGGCUUGGACUCUGUUCCCUUUUGGGAAUCUCCUUCAAUGCAGCCACCACCCAGGUGCUGCCCUUCCUAGCAUUGGGCAUUGGUGUGGAUGACAUGUUCUUGCUGGCACAUGCCUUCAUAGAGACCAGCCAACAUGUACCUGUCAAGGAACGAACGGGUGAAUGCCUACGGCGUAGUGGCACCAGUGUGGCUCUCACCUCUGUCAACAACAUGAUUGCCUUCUUCAUGGCUGCUCUUGUACCCAUCCCAGCACUGCGUGCCUUCUCUUUGCAGGCUGCAGUCGUGGUGGUGUUCAACUUUGCCAUGGUGCUGUUCAUCUUCCCUGCCAUCCUGAGCCUGGACCUUCACCGGCGUGAAAACAAGAGGCUUGAUAUUCUGUGCUGCUUCUACAGCCUCUGCUCCUCCCGUGUCAUCCAGAUCCAGCCGCAAGAAUUUGCCGAUGCAAAUGACAACCACACUGCACCAGCUUUUCACCAUGGCCACCCGGCACUGGCCACCAGCACACGUAUCACCACCACAGUGCAGGCCUUCACCCAAUGUGAUCCCUCUGGACGGCAUGUGGUCACCAUUCUUCCACCCACACAGCAUGUCUUCACCACACCUUCCACCCUGCUCUCAGCCAACCCCCUGGGCUCGCAAGUCUUCACCCCUGCCAGUUCCACCCGCGACCUCCUGGCACAGCUGGAUGAGAGCAAAGGGGCCCAGGAGUGUGUGCCAUUGCCUUUUUGUCGGUGGAAUCUCUCCAGCUUUGCUCGUAACACAUAUGCACCUAUCUUGCUGCAGAGCCAGACCAAGGGAAUUGUGGUGGCCCUGUUUCUGGCACUGCUGGGCCUGAGUCUCUAUGGCACAACCAAGGUGCACGAUGGGCUCUAUCUGACGGAUAUUGUACCACGAGGCACAAAAGAACAUGCCUUCAUUUCAGCUCAGUUCAAGUAUUUCUCCUUUUAUAACAUGUUUGUGGUAACCAAGGGUGGCUUUGACUACCCCAACUCACAGGAGGCCCUCUAUGGCCUGCACCAGGCUUUCACUGCCAUCCAGUAUGUAGUGCGUGAUGAGAACCACCAGUUGCCUAAGAUGUGGCUGCACUACUUCCAGGACUGGCUGCAAGGUCUGCAGGCAGCCUUUGACCAGGACUGGGAAGCUGGCCACAUCACCAAGGAGAAUUACCGCAAUGGGUCAGAAGAUGGUGCCCUGGCCUACAAACUCCUCAUCCAGACAGGCAACAAGAAGGAACCCUUCAAUUUAAAUCAACUGACAACUCGUCGCCUCGUGGAUGAGAAUGGGAUCAUUCCCCCUGAUAUCUUCUACAUCUGCUUAACAGUGUGGGUGAGCAAUGACCCCCUUGGCUUUGCUGCCUCCCAGGCCAACUUCUAUCCACCACCUCCAGAAUGGAUCCAUGACAAGUAUGAUGCUACCGGCGAGAACCUUCGAAUCCCAGCUGCACAGUCUCUGGAGUUUGCUCAGUUCCCUUUCUACCUCAAUGGACUGCGACAGACAUCAGACUUUGUGGCAGCCAUUGAGAGCGUGCGUGCCAUUUGCGAUGAGGUGGCCCAGACACAUGGUGUGCUCAGCUACCCCAGCGGCUACCCUUUCCUCUUCUGGGAGCAGUACAUUGGCCUGCGCCACUGGCUUCUGCAAGCAAUCAGCAUUGUUCUGGCCUGCACUUUUCUGGUGUGCACUCUGCUGCUACUCAACCCUUGGACCGCCAGCAUCAUUGUAUUCGUUCUGGCUAUGAUGACAGUUGAGCUCUUUGGUAUCAUGGGCUUGAUGGGCAUCAAACUCAGUGCCAUCCCUGUGGUCAUCCUCAUCGCUUCUGUGGGCAUUGGUGUGGAGUUCACUGUCCAUGUGGCCCUGGGCUUCCUCACAGCCAUUGGCAACCGGAACCUGCGCUCCACUGUGGCCCUAGAGCACAUGUUUGCCCCUGUGAUGGAUGGUGCUGUCUCCACUCUGCUGGGUGUGCUUAUGUUGGCUGGUUCAGAAUUUGACUUCAUUCUGAGGUAUUUCUUUGCUGUGCUCACCAUCCUGACAGUUCUGGGACUGCUCAAUGGCCUGGUGCUGCUGCCCGUCCUGCUGUCUAUCAUUGGGCCACCUGCUGAGGUCACCCCUGCAGACAAUGGCAGUCGCCUUCCGACACCAUCCCCUGUUCCUCCACCCAUCAGCCACCACAGUUUUUAUGUGCGCCGGCAUGGCGGGGCCUUUGGUGACUCCUCAGACUCGGAAUACUACUCGGAAAGUACCGGCACAUCAGAUACUGGUGAAGAUGACCGCAGCACCUACAUCAUCCCACCAACACAAUCACACAUCCUGGUCAAGGCCAGCAAAAGCCCCAGCUUUCCCAAAAUCACUGUGGUGAAAAGCUACAAGACAAGCUUGGAAUCGCCUCUUUCAUUGAACAGCCCAGACUGGACCCAGCCCACAACUCCUGGAGGCCACUUACCAUCCACCACCACAGAUGUCAAGAAUGCUUCACAUCAGCAAGAACAACACAACCACCACAGACUUGGGCCUUGGUUGACUCGGACUGCCCCUGUUCCCCCUCGGACCAACCCCACUGCCCUGAGCACCAAAGUGUCACCUCUUGGACCUGGUGGUACCUUCACCACAGUGACAGCCACUGCCUCAGUGAUGCUGGCCUUGCACCCGUCGCUUCCUGGUUCCUGCCGGGGCUACACACACGAGGGCUUUGAAUCUGAUGGCCUUGAAGAGCCUGGCCUAGACCCACCUAACAGCUUGGAACUGCAGGACCUAGCCCAGAGGCACUAGCUCCCCACUUUCGCCAGCCCAAGACCCUGGCUCUAGAACUCCCACCUCAGGGAUGGAGUGUGCAGAGCAUCCCAUGUGGGGUCAGGGGACCCAGGUUCACACAUCAUGGAUUGUGAAGCAGAGAUGUCGAAGCUCCUGCACCAGGUCUCUCUAACUCUAGAUCUAGACAGUGCCUUUGAAAACUGGAGCCAUGAGGCCAGAUGAGUGCUGCAGUGUCUACUCACUGAAGAAGUUGAUGGGAGAAUCUCUCAGCACCUGGUACUCCACUCUCCCAUGCCUGGUUUCUCUAGGCAAAUCUGCCACCAAAAAGCGUGCUGGGUCCUUUGGUCGCCAGGGCUUCUGGCUCCAAAACAUGCCCAGUUUGUAUCCUUAUGUUGGACUGAUGGCCCAUACAGCAUCGGGUCCGCUCACUUGCAGACAGGGAAAUUGCAGCCCCAUCAGAUCUGGAAAGUGAAAGCGACCAUUCCCCCAUAUGCUUUGUGAACCAUUUCCUGUCCAUGUUGUGGGCAGGGCAUCAGAAUUGCCCAAACAACCCACCCUCCCAUGGAGAGAACAGGACUCAACUUAUGUGUGGGGAACUAUCCCACAUUGUGCUGCUAUUCUUUUAUUUUUAUUAAUAUUAAUAUUAUUAUUAUUAUUAUUAAGCUGUAUAAAAAGAUUCACAAACCCUCCCCUUUAUAAUUAUAAUAAUUAUUUUUAUUAUUUUCACAGCUCCCUCAUUAAAAAAAGAAAAGAAAAGUGAAGGUAUCCCUUUAAGGGGAAAUACCAGGGUGAGUUUGUAUUAGGGAGAGCACCCCCUUGGAGUGUGGAGUGGAGGGAGCAUGCAAUGGAGGGGCACCAUGUGUCUGACUCUUUAUGUUCUAUGCAAGCUGUUUGGGACGGGCUGCACUCCGCUCCCGCUUCCACCAGCCUGACUGCCCUGUGGCUGUUCUAAAUUUCGUUAAUCCCCUCUCUACCAUACCGUGCACACCCCCAGACUGUCCUUUGUGCUCCAUUCUUUAACUUACCUGCCUCUUUGUUUCCCAAGAUAGUCCAUCACUAGAGAGUCUCCUGAACAAAACAGUUUGAAGUACUUCCAGAGUCUCAGCAGCAUCCUUCCGCAGUUGUAUCAAUGGGGCAUCAUUUAUGUCUCAUAAAAGAGGGGAUUGUCCAGAAUGGAGAAUUCUGUCCAUAGGAUUUGUUGGCCCAUUUGCUUCACAUGGGUGGAGAUCAGAGCUGGGACAUCUGGAAGGACAACUCGUAGAGAUGUGGGAUUAUCUUUUUUCUGAAUCCAUACAUUAAGGGGUGCCUCUCACAAGAGAGUUGGUACUCUGAUGCAGCUGCCUGAGUAGAAAAUUCACAUAUUCUGGGUUAGUUGUGAAGGGAGUAUUUCAAAUGGGAAUGUGAGGUGUCUCAAAAGGACAAUACUCGUGUAAGAAAACAGAGUAGCCUUGUGAUAGAUUCAACAGCUCUCUACACUCAGCUGACGUAUAUUUGUAGAAUAUUACCAGUUCUCAUUGGGGUUGCUGGCACACAUACAUUUUUGGUCACUUGACAAACACAUGGUGUUUUUCUUAUAUUAGCUGAUUGGCUCCUUGAUCUGUGUACUUGUGGCACAUGAAGCAUUCAUACCACACUUCAGAAGUGAUGGUGUACAGUUCCCACCACCACGCUCUUACACAGAGUUUGUCUGCAUAAGAAAAUCAUCAUAUAUCUCAUGAAUUAUUUUUUUUUUUAACUUGAGCCCAGUGGGGGGUUUUGGAUGACAGAAGUCUCUCCCACUCAAAAAGAUCCCCAUGUCGUUGUCAAAGCAGAAAGUGUGCAUAGAAGGAGGCAAGGGUUGGGCAAAAAGCUCUAUUUCCUGCCCAAAAGAAUGAGCGCUGUGGUUGCUGUUUCUGCUUCGGAAUGAUCUAUUUCCGGUUCAGCUUCUUUGGCUGAAAAUCCAGAAAUGAACUGUCAUUUGGCAGCAAGAUUGGUUCUAAAGGACCAGUUCCAUUUCCAUUUGAUAUGCUUGGUUUCCACAUAACCAAGUCAAAAUUGCUUUUAUGAAACGUUUCAGUUUUUCCAUUCUGGUUCAGGACAGAAACCUGAAUUUUGCCUGAAAUUUGACGUGCUGUUUUCUGGCCAGCUCUGUCCUAGGAAUUGCAAGAGAAUGGCUCACAUCCUAUGUAUUGAAACACAACACUUGCUGGAUUUUUUAAAAAUGUGUUUUAAGUGAUCCCUCCCCCCCCACACACACACACACUUUUUGGAGCUGCUCUAAUUGAAAAGGAGCCAGGAUGGCAGCUGGAGCAAUAUUCCUUAUGGGUUUGGAUUCUUGACAUAAUGUUAUCAACAUCCCUAUGUUGAACAAUGGCCACUCCCUAUUUAAGUUAGAAUCAAAAUUGUGUAUUGUUCAAUGUUCUGUUCUUUCACCUGCUGUGUUUUGUUGUUGUUUUGUUUUUGAGGGGAGGGGACCUGAUAGAGUGCUGCAAUUUUCAGCAAGUACUGUGAUGAGAUUGAGACACUAGAAAGGAAGCUAAAUUUCUCAAACUUCUCUUGCAGGCAGAGCUGUCCCUACCCAAUAGGCACUAGUGCUUGGGGCAGCAGAUUUCCAGGGGCUUCCAACUAAUUUGUAAAUCUCUCAAAGGGUAGCACAAUUCCCUGUCCCAGAUCCUCACGACAAGUAGAUCUCAGCUGGGUGGACAAAUUGUGUCCCUCUGGUCUUUUAAAUUUUAGGCUCUUGAUUCUUAGGAAACCUAUUUACUUGUAUGAUACAGGGAAUGAGUUGUAGUUGGGGAAACUUUCUGAGGGAGAAAGCAAUUCCUCCACUGUAUCAGACACUGUUAACCCCCUGAGGAGGCAACACCCCACUCCCAUAUCUGAUUAGAACAAAGUGCAGGGGUGGGGAGCAAAAUUACUUUUCAGAGAUGGAGGAAGCAAAAUAACUUUUUAGCAAGCCCUGGCUACAGGUUCAGAAGUGCAUAGGCUUCAUGAAGCCACCCUAGAUUGCAGAGGCUGCUCAGCAUGAUUCUGCCCAAUAAUUAGAGGCAAUUAGUUUUUUCUCUGAACAGUUUGCUAAUGUGUCCAGUGGGUUAAUGCUUACAGCUUGCUCUUUAGAAUUGGAUAAAACAAGUAGUGCAGCUGUCCUCCACUUUUCUUGUAGUGUGGGCUGUACCUCUGGGGCUUUGUGUGGAAAUUGUGACCUGUUUGGGAAUAAAAUGGUGUAUCACUUUUGGGCACAGAAGCUGAAGCAUUACAGUCAACCAGCUUACUUGCCUGUGUGAAAGAGAGAGUGCCAAGCUAAUUCAGCCUGGAAUCUAUUUCCCCAAUGACUUUCUUCCUUCUAAACCCCAGGCACUUUAAAUCCCCUUUAUCACCCAAUAACUGCUGUAAUUUUAUUCCCCAACCUAUGUUUUAUUCCCUAUUGAUUUGUUGCUGUCAAGGGAGAGUCUGUUGAGGUUUUCACAUUUUGCUUGUGUGAACCCUCAUGGCAUCUUCAGUAGGAUUAGGCCUCCUGUUGAAAUGAAUUCAGCUGAUUAAAGUAAAAGCUACCAGUGAUCUCUGGGGUCUGGAGCGAUUUCCCUUUACACAGAAACUUGCCACAUGGCAGGGACUGAUCCAGCUGUUUGGAUCUGUCCAGUUUUUACACCAUGAAGCUACUUUAUAGGCCAGGAACUACUGUAAAGGUUCAAAUCUAGCAACAUCUGACAUGUCUGCCCCACUUCUCCCUUUCUCCUUUCCACCCACCCACUGCCUGAAAACAGCUAAGUGCUUCUAGGAAACCCAUAAUAGAAAUGGUGCUUUCCCCCCCAGACUGGUACCAGCAACAUGUGGGGGAAUGGUGAAAAGGGGACACAUUGUGUGUGCAUGUGUGUAUUUGUGUGCGCGUGUGCAUGUGAGUAUGUAGCAGGUGUGCUGGAGACCUUUUAACCUGAAAUGUUGUCAUGCCAUAUAAAUUAUUUAUAUUAAAAAGAAAAAAGAUUUAUUUUUGUAGUUUGUACAGACCUCUAGCCUUGCAAUUGAAGUUUUAUUUUUAAAAUUAAAUAUAUAUAUUAUAUAUAAACCUA